CCCAGCCAACCUGUGUGACAGGUGCAACGGAGAGAGACUCCGGGGAGGGGACACACCCGCCCAACUGGCCAAACAAGAGCCGUGUUCCCCUGCGCUGAGAGGGCUGGGUGUUUGGCCCUUUAAUCCAGGAUGUGCAGAUCCUGGAACUCAUAGAUCUAAUCUGCCGCUGCCACUGCCUGGGCUCACUCACUGGCACCGGGUAAGGGGACUCCUACUCUCUCUCACUCACUGGCACCGGUAGAUCGCAGACGACUCCCCCUCUUCCAUGGGAAAUGGACUCAGCCAGGCCUGACAUGCUGCUGGGCUCCCUGUUUGAGCAGACAGAAGAGCUGUUCCACUCGGAGGGGUUUCCGGGCCCCGACCAUAGCAACUUCCCCCUGUCGGAGCUCCAGUUCCCAGCUGAGAAGCUGUAUGAGGAUUGGCCGGUACGAGGUCCCAUGGGACUGAGCGAGCGGGAAGACACAGACGAAUUCCUACAGAUGAUGAUUAACCCCAAUGAGGUUUAUAGCACGGGUCCGGCUGCGGCCGAAUCUCCAGAGAGCGACAGCGGAUUCUCCGACGACCCUCGGCCCGACACCCCCCCGCAGAGCGAGACCAGCCCCCCGCUCCCCCAGCCCACCCCGGUGUACGAAUUGGUUUAUGACAUCGGUUCCCUGGAGGAAAGGAAGUCGCAAAGUGACAUGAGCAGCGUCAUAUCAAUACAGCUAGCCGAGGACUGGAAUUCUGCCCCCUUGCUGAUCCCCGAGAGCUGCAUAGUGAAUGAUCUGCCCCCCGUGUGUAAAUCCACCCCGCUGCCCAUCAGAUUGACCCCAGCUGAUCUGAUCGCCGUGGAUGCCUUGUACCCAGAGCUCCACCUGACCGAGGAGGAGAAGAGGCUUCUGUCCCAGGAAGGGGUGGCACUGCCCAAUAACCUGCCUCUUACCAAGGCCGAGGAACGCAUCCUGAAGAAGGUGAGGAGGAAAAUCCGGAACAAGCAGUCGGCCCAGGACAGCCGGAGGCGCAAGAAGGAGUAUAUCGACGGACUGGAGAGCAGGGUGGCGGCCUGCUCGUCUCAGAACCAGGAGCUACACAAGAAGGUGGUGGAGUUGGAGAAGCACAAUAUAUCUCUGAUCACUCAGCUCCGCAAGCUGCAGACCCUCAUCAAGCAAACGUCCAACAAAGCGGCGCAGACCAGCACGUGUGUCCUGAUCCUACUCUUCUCUUUGGCGCUGUUGGUCUUCCCCAGUUACAGCCCGUUCCGCUCCAGGCCUUCCGCUAGCCAAGAAGACAGUUACCGGCCCACCGGAGUCAUAUCCCGUAAUAUUCUCAACAAAGGAGGAUUUUCCGAGGUCGCCGACCCCCAGGCGUCUGACACCCUGCACCGCGCUCAGCAGCGGGAAGAGGGCGACCCCGGCCGCCAUGUUGUUCCUCCGGCCAAUCCCAAUCCAGAAGAAACGGAACCAGUCAGUAACAGAGCACGAACCACUCCAGAGCCGGAUGAACAGGUUCUUGCUGAACCGGAGGCGGCCAUCUUGGGGCAGAAAGGGGAGCCCCCCGGCAGUGACAACUUAUCAAAGACUGCGAGAGCCGACGAGAUGUGAUAAACAAACAGACGGCUGCUAGUGAUGUAAAUAGGCGUGAGAGGCGGGGCUUCAUGAGUAGGGCCGCCACCCCCUUGAUUACCCCGCCACUUAGCAGUUCAUUUACAUGCAUGCUGCAGACUGCACUGGUUUCUCUAUACUCGCACAGGAUGCAAUUAAAUCCGUUGCUGAUUGGCUGGGGCAGGGGGGUGGCGCCCCCUACGUGUGACUAUAGGCAUUAGGGCACCCCCAUAAUACUCCGCUGCUGAUUCAUGCGCUUUACUCUAUACCCACGGGGAAAUAAUCAAGGGAAAGAUGGCCGCCGCUCCUCUCCGCCUCUUUCCUUCCGCAGGAUCCUCGCCUGAUACUCCCUGAUAUUCAGAGACUCUUAUUCUAUAAUAUUUAUACUGAGAUUGACUUUAUAUUGUUAUUAUUUGGGCUGGAAAGAGUUAAUUAAAUUUAUUUAGUUUGUA